UUCUGUGACUGAGUUCAGAGUUGUGAGUUAGUGGCUUAUUACUAGACUAGUGGCUAAUGGCUAUACAGUUGUCAGUCAGUGGUUACAGGCGUUACAGCAUAACCAGGCGCCGUACCGCGAAGAAAUAAUAAUAUAGUACGCGCGUCCGUCGCCGCGGUGUCCAGCGUGAUUGUCGACCUCGUAUUAUCGUUGUUUUCCCUGUAUCCCAUAUUAUUCCCAUUCUCCUUCCCCCUCAACGGCUGCAGCAUCAGCAGCUGCGCGAACGCGAGACGAUAUCGUUUAUGAUCGCAAUUCGCAAUUAUUGUUGUAAAUUACGUAACGACACAUAAAUAUUAAAUGUCAAGAGUUCCUAGUCACGACGUCGUCUGCCGAGUGCCGACAGUUAUUCGCAAUUUAUAGAUAGUCUAGUCAUCCGUCGGAAAAACCGCUGCGACCGGCCAAGAUAGAUUAUCUCUAAUUCGCAGUCACCUGCAGGCUGCAUGCACCACGACGAUGUACGGCGGUGCAGAUCGACGGCGGCGACGACGACGACGACGUGAAUGCGAUUGCAAUAACGACUAACGACGGUUUUGGACGAGGGCUUUUAUUUCUAUGAGGGGCGACUGGUGUCCGUCUGGAGCGGGAAACGUCGACAACUAUACAGUUUGUGGCCGGCAAUCGUAAAUGCGACGUGUGUUAUCGAUUCUCGGCCGGCCGCUCUUGAUCAGCUCGCAUGUUCAUCGUCGAUAGUCAUUAAUCGCGUCGCAGAAUGAUCGAAAUCGGCAGUGUACCAUUUUUUCUAGAGCCUCAACGUCGGAGAUAAAAAAUAUUGUAACGACGACGGUACCUACUCCCACGUUAAAUAAUAGCUGAUAAAAAACACAACGAUAAUGGAUUUGGACGACGUCAACGGGACUGCUCAAUCUGAAGGUAACUACAGUUGUUACGAUGGCGGAGGCUGUGGAAACAGCACAGUUGUGGCGCCAUUAGGUGCUGUGCUGGACUCUAUCACCGUGGCCAUGCUCAGCCAGACAUGUUUACAUUCGGUGUUCAACCAUCCUUAUUUUCAUUUUUCACAUGCCAUCAUGUUUAUUUGCUUCAUGUUACCAUUUGGAUCUCCUUGUCAGUUGAUUCUCCUCAUUCGCAUUGGCCUGGCUGGUGCCACUACCAUUAUGGCAUUAUGGGCUAGGAAUGUCCAGUGCUGGGUUGACAGCCUUUUAUGGAAUGCUGCUUCUGCUGCUGUCAACGUCAUACACAUUUUAGUGUUAUUCUAUCAACUCAGGCCGAUCAAAUUUAAUGAUGAAUUAGAACUAGUGUAUGAAACGCUUUUCUACCCUUUAAAAGUUAGCCGUAAGCAAUUUAGGAAGAUAAUUUCCUGCAUGAAAAUGAUACGACCUCUUAAGACUCUUGAGAUAUUUGCUGAAGAAAAGGUAACGAGGGUUGACAGCUUAUCGUUGGUACUUUCAGGAAAGUAAGUGUUACACAAGUCUCCUGAUAAACUAAAAUUAAUUGUUUCAUAUUCAAGUUCUAUGAUUUAAACCUAGCCUGUGCAUAUAAUGAUAAUAGUUUAUUAUUAAUAAUAACAAUAACAAACAUUUUAUUUUUUACAUGGUUACAAUACAAUAGGUAAGACUUAUUGUUACCAAAAGCCUAAGUUUAUGGAGGAGACAACAGUUCUUAUAUAUUUUUGUCUGUAUUAAUACAUAAAAUUUUAACUUAAAUUAA